AUGAAAAUGUCCACGCGUAAGGAUAAAAAAAGAAAAGAUUAAUAGCCUUAAGAAUAAAUAAUUUAUGUAAGUUGAUAGGCAAACACAAAGAAAAAUGGGUGGUGAUAAAUGGGAAAGGACAGGAGUGGGGACUUUCCCAAAAGUAGAUGUACAAAUGACAAACUGCAAAAAAAGAAACGAAUUAAGUUGGUGACAUACUACUUCUAAAAACCAGAUUAACAAAGUUCUAAAAUUGUAGGUAGUUGGAGAGUGUGAGCUGGUCCUGGUGAUGGCACCUCUGUGCAGUGCGGACCAGAACUCGGAACGUGCUUGUGCCCCGGGCCCCUGACCUCACUUCCAGAGAGAGGGGGAAGGCAGAGAGAGAAACAUCGAUGGGAGAGAAGCACUGAUUGGUCGGUUGCCUGUGCACACACCCAGACUGGGGAACCACCCCAGGACCCAGGACUGGACGACGUGAUGAUGCCGCCGAGAGUGAGGCUGCAGCUCGAAGCUGCCGUGCAGCACCCGGCAAGCAUCAUAGGUUGCCAAGUGAGGAGAGAGCCCCCCAACUCCACAGAACGAUACACGCGUUGGAUCAACCAACUGACGUCCAACCAGCUUCUUACACAGGUUUUUACCUCCAACGGCCCAACCGUGAUCAUGCCCUCCUGGUUCUGCUCUCGAGCGUGGUUUUUGCACGUGGGCCCGUUCGACGAAGGUGGGCAGGGUGUGCCCGAGGACCUGCUGUUCUUCUACGACCACCUCCGAAAGGGCGGCGGGGUUGUCCGGGUGGACCAGAGCCUCCUCCUCUACCGCUACCACCCCAGCGCAGCCACGCACUCCGUCCUCGAGACCACCAUCUGGACCCACCGUGUGCACUUCCUGGAAGAACGGGCUUUGCCCCACUGGGCGACCUUCACCAUCUGGAACGCAGGCAGGCAGGGCCGUCGACUCUACCGCAGCCUCACGGCCAGAGCACAGCGUAAGGUGGUCGCCUUCUGCGACGUGGACGAGAACAAGAUCAAGAAGGGCUUUUACUGCUACGAAGACUCUCUCGAAAGGCCCAAGCCCCGGGUGCCCAUCCUGCACUUCCGAGCAGCCCGGCCGCCCUUUGUCAUCUGCGUGAAGCUGGACCUGACAGGGGGCGAGUUUGAGGACAACCUGAGGUCACUGCACCUACGGGAGGGCCAGGACUUCCUCCACUUCAGCUGACAGACCCGCAGCAGCCAGGGCGUCAAGCAGGGGUUCGAGGUGAUUUGCCACCAGGUUGAGCACAUGGACAGGAAAUGCUUCCAGCCUGUCCCGGGCUUGGCCCAGGCAGGAGGACGCCAACCCGAUGAAGCCCAUGGUGAGGUCACACAGCAGGGCCCACUGCAGCCUCUGCCCACAGACCUGCCGUCACCCGCGUCCCACAAGGGCAGGACGCUCCUGCCCAGGCACAGUCACAGCCCUGGGUUUUUGGCCCUGAGGAUGGCACACUGACCCCUCUCCCUUGGAGGUGGGCAAGGGCUCCUGCAUCCCGCACUCGCCUCCCCCUCUCCACCCAUGACAACCCGAAGGACGCUCCCCGCAGGCUGGCCCCGGCCCCUCAGAGUCCUCGGCACUCAAGCAACAAACCCUUUACACACUGGCCCUCUGGCGUUUCGGACGCUCGGUGUGAGCUGGUGCUGGACGACUUAGAAAAAGGGUGACUUUUCCAGAGUCACGCACGUGAGCUGCAACACUUCCCACAUCACCUGAACCCUCGUCCUGAGACGCUGCCCCCGGGUCGCCCCCUCGAAGCAGAGGCCUGUAAGGCUUGCCCCCAACACCCAUCUGCCAGUCGGGGUCUGGCACUGCUGUCAUAGGCCCGUGAGUGGCUGCAGCUGGCCUUGGCCAGGACUUUAAAAACACAGCGAUGGACUUUUCUGGUUGUCAAAGCUGCAUGAGGGUAAAUGACACCCACAUGUGCCGGACACUAGAAUGGGGUGGGGUGGCAGGAACACCGAUACCCUGAUCCUGCCGGAUGGGGCGGGAAAGGCCCCUCCAAAGCCCAGUGAAGCCCUUGCAGCACCUGACAUUCAGCUGGGCCGAACCAGGCCUGAGGGGACAUGGCCUCAGUACCAGCACAGCCUGCCCCUCCCAGGGCCACCCCAUCCCCUGAGCAGCCGAGAAGGAUGGAGCCGAGCCCUGUGGCCUCCA